ACUUGCACGUGAUUCUGUACACCAUUUUUGGUCAUCUUUUUGCUCCCAAAGAGAGUCUGUCUGUACUGCGUUGGCUUUGUAUACCAGACAAGCGAGCAACAUGAUUCUCCUGGAGAUCAAGAACAGGAUCAUAGAGGAAACACUCCUGCACAGGUUCACCAGUGCCAAGCCGGAGAGCAUCGACAUUACAGUGGCCGAUUUUGAUGGUGUGCUGUUCCACAUCUCCAACCCUGAUGGUGACAAGGGCAAGAUUCGAAUUAGUGCCUCCCUCAAGUUCUUUGGAGAUCUACAGCAACAUGGCGCCGAAGGACUGCUCCAGCGAGAAUACGGUGAAUAUUUCGUCAGUCCUGAGUCGGGGUACGAUUGUUCAGUUCAGUUCGAUUACUCCAACCUCCCAGACAACAAAGAGGAGUGGGCUUCAAAGGUGGCUUUGCUGAAGAGGAACUGUUUUGCCUCUGUGUUUGAGAAGUACUUCGAACUCCAAAAAGCUGGUGGAGAAAAAAGCACUGCCAUUGUACACUAUAGAGACCAGGAAACCAUGUACGUGUCUGCCCAGAAGGACCGUGUGACUGUCAUUUUCUCUACAGUGUUCACAGAUGAUGAUGAUGUCAUCAUAGGAAAGGUAUUUAUGCAGGAGUUCAAAGAGGGACGAAGGGGGAGCCAGACCGCCCCUCAAGUGCUGUUCUCUCACGCCGAGCCACCCUCGGAGCUGGCAAGCACAGACGCACUCACGGGGGAUAAUGUUGGCUACAUUACAUUCGUGCUGUUCCCUCGUCACUAUACCGACAAGACUCUGGAUAACACGAUCAAUUUAAUCCACACCUUCAGAGAUUAUCUUCACUACCACAUUAAGUGCUCAAAGGCCUAUUUGCACUCUCGAAUGCGAAACAGGACCAACAUGCUCCUAAAGCUUCUUAAUCGUGCAAGACCAGAGGUUAAAAACGUCGAGAAAAAGACCAUGUCUGGCCGUACUUUCCGCAAACAAUAACUGCAAUGAUUUAUUUAGCUGUAGUGCUUUAGCAGUCUUUAUAAGUGUUUGGUUUAUAGCUAUUGAAAUUUAGCCCAAUUCAUGUUUUGAACUGUCAAUAGUUGUAGCCUGUGUAGUACAGUGUGUUAGGCUGCAGUGUAUAAUUAUUUUGAACUUUC